AUGCCGCCUACCACAUCAACUGAAUCAACAGAAAAAAUUAAAAUUAGUUCCAAUGAUGGAGUAGUAUUUGAAAUCGGCCAAGACAUUAUUAAACAAUCAAGUACAAUCAAAGAAAUGUGCAGUGAUCUUGGUGACCUUGUUUAUUCUAUGCCAACUCCAUUACCAAAUGUCAAAGCAUCAAUUUUAAAACCGAUAAUUGACUUUUGUGAACAUCAUAAAGAUGACCAGCCGCCGGUUGUUGACGACGAUGACGACGAUCCAAACAAAGAUCAGUUUGAACCAAAACGAUCUGAUGACAUUUCUGAGUGGGAUCAGGAGUUUAUUAAACAAUUUACCGUUAAAGAAGGGACACUUUUUGAUAUCAUUAUGGCUGCUAAUUAUCUUGGUAUAAAAACAUUAUUAGCUGUUGGGUGUAAAACAAUUGCCAAUAUGGUUCGUGGAAAAGCAUCGACCGAAGUUCGUGAAAUGUUUAAUAUUUCAUACGAUCCUCCUGGUCAAGGACUUAAUGCGCCGCAAACUCCUAGUGAAGGUGAUAAUUCAACACCCUCAACACCUCUUCCAACAUCAACACAACGACAAUCUUCUACUAAUUCUGAUACAAAUCAGACACCCGCAGUCGAUCCAAUGAACGAAUAA